AGGGAGAAAAGAAACUGUUAAAGCGUCUGUUCUCUGUUGCCAGUCUCAGCAUCGCUCAGUUUGUGCAGGAGGCUGCAGCUCCUUCCUCCAGGAUCUCUACCAGCAUCACUGAGCAGCUCUGAAGUCUCCUCACUCUCAGCUGGGAUCACUUCAUGAUUUCUUCUUCUUUUCUUCCUUCCUUCCUUUUUUUUUUUUUUUUUUUUGGUAAAUGGAUGACAACAGCCAACCGUAUAUAACUGGAUUUCUCGCAGCUGAACUAAUUUGAGUUCAAACACGGGAUCUGGAGAGGCGGGGGGAGAGAUCAGACAGACCAGGGCGCUUCAAGUCCGCUUCUUGUGUUGUUUGUUUGCGGGAGCAGCACUUCAUUGUGCCUUGGAUAUGGGACCGUGCGUCAGCCCAGCGGGAUCCGGAUCCGGUGCCGUGGGAAGCGCGUCCUCCUGAAGCAGGAAAAAGACCCUCUGCUGGGUUUUCUUCUUCUUCUUCUUUGAUUCUAAUUAUUCUCUCAAGAGAGGGGCGGCUUUGAGAUUUACUCGCCGGAAUGAUGCGUCCCAACCGCGGCUUCAUCCUGCUCCUCCUCAACGGAACCGCUUGUUUGGUGGUGAUGGGUCAAGAAGAUGACUCCUCCAACUCCAAGAGCUCCUCGGACGCCUCCUCCAAGACGGUGGGCCUUCUGAACGGACAAGCCUCUCACUCGCCUCUGAGCCGAUGGAUGCAGCACAGUAAAAACAGAGCUGCUAACUCCACCUCCCUGGAGCUGCCUUACCGCUCCCCAGUCCCUUUCUCCAAGCAGGAGUUCCCCAAACAAGAGUUCUGGGAGAUGUUGGGCAGCGACCUGCUCAAACCAGACGCCUCCAGCUCCAGGGUCAAGCGCCGGCCAAUCGUUAAGACCGGCAAGUUCAAGAAGAUGUUCGGCUGGGGAGACUUCUACUCCAACAUCAAAACGGUGAGGCUCAACUUGCUCAUCAGCGGCAAGAUUGUGGAUCACGGCAACGGCACUUUCAGCGUAUACUUUCGCCACAACUCGACGGGUCAGGGCAACAUCUCAGUCAGCCUGGUCCCGCCCGUCAAGGCCGUGGAGUUUGACCUGGAGCGCCAGAGUGUCGUCUACCCAAAAGACUCCAAGAUUUUUAACUGCCGCAUAGACUACGAGAAGGUGGAUCGGAGCAAGCGCACCUCGGAGUGCAACUACGAUCCAUCCAAGACCUGCUUUCAGGAGCAGAUCCGGAGCCACGUGUCCUGGAUUUGCUCCAAGCCUUUCAAAGUCAUCUGUAUCUACAUUUCCUUCUACAGUACGGACUACCGCCUAGUGCAGAAGGUUUGCCCGGACUACAACUACCACAAUGAGAUGCCCUACCUGCCUUCAGGCUAGAGGAAGCAUGAGGGGUAGGAGAGAGGAAAAGUGGGGGUGACUGAACAUGUGAGGAGGAAACUAGGGCGGAAAAUGUCAGCAAGACACCUUAAAACAAAAUAAAACAUGUAGCCUGACUAUUGUAAGAUGUAAAAACAUAUAUGCAAACUACAGUAUGCAUUUAGGAAACAUCCGAGACUGGCAGUGAAACUACCACCAACACAUUUUACCUCAGUCCCAUUUCGAAACUCGAACAACUGCGCAGCAUUCAUCCAACCAAUUUAGUCGUUUCUGAAUCUUAUCUGAGUGUCCUUCUUAAUCGCCCUUUGCAAAGUCGCGAGAAUUGAAAGUGGGCUUUUAAAUGGUGCGGUAAUUCACAAGAGAGCUGCAGACAGAUUCAGCGUUUAUGAUAAUUAUCAUGUCGUGUUUAACAUUGUGCUCUCUAAAGAUGAUUUAAACAGACCACGGGGAACAUAAAGUAUUCAUUUGCUCACAAAGUGCAGAUGAAUGUGGAGUGUAGCCAACCGCAGCGUCAUUAAAGUGACGCUCAGACCUUUCAAAGGGCAGACGUUUAUGGGAACUCGUGCCAAAACAAUGCCAAAACUUCUGACACAAACAUCAGCGAACCCCAAUAUAUCCCUCAAUUAAAUCCCCUCCAAAUAACAUGUAUAAAUAAAAAGAAAUUGCUUUGCAGCAUUUCAGGUCCAGGGCUUAGGACAAGCUCGGUGUGAAGGCAAUAACGAGAUUGUACGGCGGUGCAGAAUUGGAACCUCCACACUGAUGAGAGAGAGUACAAGGUAGCGGGGUGAGAGAUGCAGAGAUUCAGAGCUGUUUUAAUUAAAGUGGAGAAGGAGACGUGGGGUAUGCGGCGCCGUCUAUUGUCCCUUCUGUAUGAAAAAGAUUACAUUUUGUUGCCGUCAGGAUUCCUGAUUUCACGCCUUGAUAACUUUGACUGUGUGCAGGAGAUUGCUCUCUCUCUCUCUCUCUCUCUCUCCUGACAAAUACUGCAUUCACCAAAGUAAACCCAGUUAUCUUGAAUAAAUGAAAAUAUUAUCAUAAUAAUUACAUAUAAUUUAAUCUCUUUCAGAUAUAAUUAAGGCUUCAAUGAGAGCGCAAAAUGUGUUCCUAAAAUUCGAGUCAGUGGGAAGUAGGAUAAGAGAAUAUACAGUGAGGAUUGUUGGGGUGUAUUCGCACGGCGCCAGCAGCCACAGUUUAGCCCUGAGUUAACUGCUCUCAUUAAGAUAAACGGCCACUAGCUGGCCCGUCUCAUGUUACACACACAAACAAUAUCAGUGCACAGCCAAGAAAUAAAUCAAGUUGCCUAAAUCUUCCCACGUUGAAAGGUUAUGAGGACACAACGACUUUUUGGUUAAUUAACAAGAAACAUUCACAAGACAGGUGUGAGGAGCCAAUGAGCAGAUCAGAUAUCCAGUUCGAUGCCAAUGUGGUGUGGCAUUGGUGAUAAAGUUCAGAGAUGAGCGGAAGCAGCAUGCUGGUUCCCAGAUGGAAAUGUAAAGCCGUCCUGUGGGGGCCCGAGCAUUAGCUGCUUCCUUUGUGCCACUUUACUUACAGAGAGUCAGCACAACAAACAAAAGUAGGACAACAAAUUUUAUUUAACCCUUUCAUGCAUAACAGUCAGUGCAGUGGACAGCUACCUUGUGUUUCCUGUGGAUUUUUAUGUACUUAAUGCACACAGACCACUGAAGUGGACGCUAGUAUGUCACACAAUACACAGCCAACUACUGGCCAUCUACUGCAAAGUAAAUCCAAUAUGGCAGAAAAAAACAUGCCUCCAAUCCCUCAUUCUACUGUGGAGUCAAGUAAAGACUAAUACUACUGAUGUGGUAGUAUUAGUAUUACUGCACCUUCAUUGACAUAAAGGCGCAGUAUGUAACUUUUAUUUUUAAAAAAAUACUUCUUACCUAUGUUCCAAAUAACCUACAACUGAUCACAUGAAAAAAAUCUUAGAAAUCAAACACACUUUGGAAAGAAUCCUCACAUAAGGGAUCAUAAUUCAUGCAUGAAAGGGUUAAAACUGCAAAUAUAUACACAUUUAAAGAGAGCCUCAGUGAAAACAUCUUUAUAUAUACUUAACUCUGUGGUGCAAAACUGAACUGAUGAAAUGAUCAGUACAUUAUUGCGAGAGAAUGCAAUAGAAAAACAAAUCCUCCAUGUCCUUUAGAGGCUCCGUAGCACAAAUACCAACAUUUGGACAAAAUAUUGACCCUUUGCAACUACGUCACUUAAUCGAGGCGCCAUGAUGGACGUCGGAAGUGAGGGACGGGAGUACUGAACAGAGCGACUGAAGUUGUUUUUGCCAGUUUAUUCGUGACUUGUACUUGUUCGAGUCGAGCUAAUUUGUCCGUGAACGUAACACACCUGGUUGUGGCUCACAGUCGCUGGUAUUUACAGACGUUUGAAUUAGCUAGCUUAAAAACCGACCCAUACCUUCUCUCUCCUGUGUUGAUCAAAUUACCGACUUUGCUUGAAUUCACCCCACAUGAUUUAUGUCGCUAUUUCAUGAACAGCGUUUCCCCUUAAGCCGAGGCAGCAUUAAAAACGUACAAAAGACGAGAUGCUAACCAGUUUAUUCCUUACAUGCUAGGCUACAUGACGGGGCGGCACUGUCUCCAUGGCUACCAACCGUUAGACACCACAUUCGCCAUAGUAAAAUAUUUGAUAUGUUUAUAAGCAUACUUACUAAGCAUAUGAAAGUUAAUCAUCUUACCUUUGUAAAAAGCGAUCGCUGCAAAUCCGCGGUUACACCGAGAGCUGUCAGUCAUUGUCAUUAACAGCUGCUAUCAUCGCCACCGCAACUUUCCUCAUUAAGUUAUAAAAUAAAAUUACACGUUUGGUUUCCAUCCUUGUCUGUUUGUGCAGCAGACCGCGCAGCCUCCUGUGACCAUUUUUACUGCGAAAUCAACCGCACAAAAGCAAUAUGAGGCUACCAGAUGUGUGUUUUUGAUGGGCUUUACAAUAACCAGGAGCGUAUUGGUUAUUGUCCGUCAUGGCGGAGUGGGCGGGGUUUCGAAGAGCGUGACGUCAUGUGCAAAGGGUCAAUAGCAAACAAAACCCAAAGAAAUUACAUUUAAGUUCUAACAAGAUAGAAUGUGUGAAUGCUCAAUAGGUAUGGAUAGUUUUAAACAACAAAGACAUGGAAAUCUGCACAUCAAAGUUUUUAAAUUGUUUAUAAAACUGGAAAAAAGCUCAUCUUCGUCACUCUGAGUCCCUACAGCAAAUAUAAGCAGUUCACAAAGAUAUCUGCAGGGGACAAGGCAGCAAAUUCACCUGCAGACAUCACGAAUGUUGUUUUUCUGCCCUCUCUUAGCUGGGCGCUGAUUUUAUGAAACAGUAUUUUAAUCAUUUGUUGACACGUGAAUCUGUCUGCCUCUUCAUCCUCAAACUAAGAUUAGCAACAGGAAUCGGAAAACACCAGAUUGGCUGGCUUCACGUCUCAGAAAUAAUAAAUAAACACAGAGUCUUCGUGGAGCAAACAUUACAGGUUAGGCAACAGCUCAAACUGAAUCUCCGAUGCCUGUUUGAAGGAUCUUUUCCUGAACUGCUGGAUUGAAUACAAAGUUUUACGUGUUUCAAAUGCAUCAACCAGCAUGACUGAACUGCAUCUUUCUUCCUUACUUUAGUAACCUCGUCCUCUGGCUUAUUUCUGCAUGUUAGUCUGGUGUUUACGUUUGACCCGCUCUACCUCCAUCCUGCUGGAACCAAACCCAGCCGUGUGAAGUUCCUCACCGCUGCUUUCACUGCAAAAAUACAAAAUGUUAUGAAAUUAUUUUGGUCUAGUUUCUUAGUACACUUAAAAUAAGACUUAUAAGUAACUAUUCAGCAAGAUACAGGAGCUUGUUUUAAGUCAAUAAUUCCUUAAAAGAACUCGUUCCACAGGCAGGGUGUGUUUUGUGUUGUUAUAAAAGAAAAAAUCUGUCAGUAGAACUUGUAAUUUUUCAUCAAUAAUAAGAAAUCAUUGACAUAAAGGUGCAGUAUGUAACUUUUAUUAAAAAAAAAUACUUCUUACAUAUUUGCUAAAACUGUCAUCAUGAGAAAAAUUAUCUGUAAAAAGAUCAACCUUCGCCUCCUCCCUGAUCUACUAUCACGGUCUGAACAAAUGCGUCGCUCCCGGUCAAAAACAACCAAUCAGAGCCAGAAGGAGGGUCUUAGUGCUGCCAAUCAUCCUCGUAAAUGUGCUGCUAAAUGUGCUAAUGACGGAGGAACAAUUCACAUUUACAGGAAAAAAAAAUUUAAUUUAUUUUCAUAGGUGGCUACGCUAAGUAGCCUUAGCAUUCAUGACUGACACAGGCAUGAUUGACAGCGCUAAGAGCCACCAAAGUGAUAGUUUGGACAAAUUUUUUUUUUUUUUGAUAAAAGUUUUAUAUUGCAGCUUUAAAGUAAGCUCUUCUGUUGUACUGGAAAGUUACUCAUAAGUUAGUUUUGUCUUAUUUCUCUAGUAGACAAAAAAUUCUUGGUAAUUUUUUGUGUUUUUGCAGUGUUGCCCCCUCCUCAGCACACAUUCCUGAUUUAAGCCGGCGAAUCUCUCCCCACAAUUCAUUUCUACAUCUGUAUUUCAUAAAACAUCAUGUUCACACACAGUCUUAAGAUGUAUUUGUUUAGUUUCUUCCUCCCUCCUGUUCAACCAUCUUGCGUAAGCUCCUGGAUCGGGAGGACAUUCGCCGUCCCGGAGAGCAUGUUAACACGCCCCAGUAACCUUAAAACCACCACGCAUCCCGCCCAUCCCCGUCCCGCAGGGCGUCUGGAAACUCAAACACCACCGAAUCAAAGCUUGGAAACCACAAGCCCUCGGCAACUCUGACAAUAGAGAAAAACAAAAGACAAAAAGGACAAAUGUUGACAAGAAGCUCCGUCCUCUUCUCCUUACUGAUCCCCUCAAGUAUACAGCAAUACUCUCAGUGAGACGCCACCCUCCUUGCCUCUCUGGGGAACAGAAAAGGCUGCUGAACUGCAGUUAGCAGGCGGACAUGUUGCUAUGGGACGGAAGGUGUUGUUAGAGCAGCAGCCUUACUAUUUACCCAUCUGGUGCCAACAGACGUGAACAUUUGGCCUUAAAGGCUGCAAGCAGCAGUGGUCCAUUCAGAACAGAAUAAUUACAAAAAUAAGACUGUUUAAACAUGAAUAUACAUAUAUAAAUAAUAUAUAUAUAUACAUAUAUAUAUAUAUAUAUAUAUAUAUAAAAGCUAAGAGUCCUGAGAUCUGAAUAAAGUUGUAUUUAAAUGUGGGUCAUGCUGUGAAGGUCGUCUGUUUUACGUUUUUGUUCCUUAUGGUUUUGCUUCUCUGUGAAUGAUGAACUGUACGGAUGAAAUGAUGGAUUUAAAACAAACCAAUAAAGUACGCAGAGGAACUUACAACACUUAAA